AUGUCACGCUACAACGACAACAAAGCAAGCUGGGACUCUCCCUUUGCUGGUCCAGAUGUCAUCACUGCCAACUUUAAUGGUUUGACAAACGAGUUUGAGGUGACUCCCAGCAGACGCCCUCCAACACGAUCUAAAUUUGACUUUGGGAAUGCAGCGCCAUCACAGAGCUGGGCCAUGGAAUCGCAAUACGGUUGGGGCGCUACGCCUGACAAUCACACAGCUUGGAACCACCAGGAAGAUGAACAAGAGUACACAGCUGAUAAAUUCAGCACACGAGAAACAUCAGCCACCACGUUCAGAUUAAACCUGGAUAUCGAAGAUGCACCCGUAUUCUCUAAAGUCACCGACUACACAGCAUUUCGCAAACAGGAUAUCGUGCCUGACUUUGAGCAGAUUGUUGCCUGUGAUGAAUUAAAGGAUCCAGAGGAAUGGGAAUCACGAGGCUGGAGAGACCCCUUUCCUGACGUUCCCAUCAACCGUGUCAAGACACCCUACGACACCAUUGAUGAAUACCUAUAUACCCAUUUCGAAUUGAUGCGGCAAGACUUUUUGAUCCCUUUGCAGAAGGCUGUGAGAGGAUACAAGGUGGCCUUCAAUUACGCCAAAAAUCAAGAAGACGUUGGUGUGGCAAUGGAGCAAGUUUCGCAGCAGAGACCCUACAGAUUAUAUGAACAUGUCCAUUUGAAUGCCAUCGUGUUUGGUAGUCGUCAACCGCUUUACAGAGUCAGCUUUCGCUUGCCCUACUAUGCACAUGUCAACUGGCAGCAAUCCAAGCGCCUGAUGCCUGGUUCGUUGGUCUUGUUAUCCAAGGAUCAUUUUGAAAAGGACUUGAAAAUUGCAACCAUCGUCAAUCGUGGUGACGAGCCUAUGCGUGGAUCCAACCGCUUUGAAUUUCUAGUAGACAUCUACCUUGAAAGAGACAACAGUGAACAGCCCUUUGGUUUUGGCGAUCCAUCUUUGGCAGAGGAUGACACCUAUGUUAUGAUCGAAGCUACGGAUGGUUAUUUUGAGGCCUACCGUCAUGUGUUGAAGGUCUUUAAGAAUGUCAAGCCAAACGAACUACCAUUUUCUGAUUACUUGGUCAAGUUGUCAAACGAAGUCUUGGUGCCCCACUAUGCUGCCACGAAACGAAUCUAUGAUAUCAACGUGCGGUCUAAGAAUAUUCGUCGAGAUCGUUGGCCUGUUGACAUUUUGCAGAAUUGGCCCCAAUACCCUACUGGCAUGGAUCGUACACAGAUGGAUGCUCUGAGAACUAUUUUAUCACACAAUCUUUCUAUCGUUCAAGGUCCUCCUGGUACGGGUAAAACGUAUGUUGGUACUUACGCUAUGCGCGUGCUCCUGAACAACUAUGAUGGCUCGCUGGGCCCUAUUGUAUGUAUCUGUCAGACAAAUCAUGCUUUGGAUCAGUUUCUGGAACACAUCUUGGACUACAGCAAUGAGAUUGUGCGUGUGGGCGGUCGAUCCAAAUCAGAGCUGCUGAAGGAUCACACAUUAUUCGAGCUGAAAAAGACGUAUGACAGACCUCGUGGUAUCGGUCGAUUGUAUCGUGAACGUGAUAGCCUCAUUAAAGAGGUCAAAAAUACCAUCAUCCAGCUAUAUGAAGAGCCCUGCGUUACUAUUGAAUUCAUCGAGAGCAUCAGAGGAUUGAGGCCCAAGCAGAUCGAUUCGUUGAGAAGAGCGGCCGAGCGUGAAAAGAACAAGCCUGUUGCUGCUGCUACUAGCUUGAACAGUUAUGUGGUAGAUAGUGAUUCGGACGAUGAUUGGGUCAUUGGCGCUGCUCCUACUCUCAAGGGCCCAGCUCCCAUUAACAACAGAAAGAACAACAACCAACGAAAGCAACAGCAAUCUAACAGAGGCAGAAACGACUCGAGAGGUAUCAAGCAUGAUUGGGCUGGUGGCAAUCCCAACAUGGCCAGCCCUGUUAAGGAAAAAACAUCAAACCCUGUGGAAGUGUGGCUGAAGGAUGCUAUCGAUUAUGUCGAUGACGCUGGAGAAAUGUCGUCUCUGGCGAAUGACUUGAAGGAAAGCAUCUUGGAGCAAGACAAGGGACUCGUUUUUGACGAUAUCAAUGACGAGAGUGAUAUGAUUGAAGAAGAAGAGCUUCAGGAAGUGAUUGUUCAAUUCCAAGGUGACGAUCAAGAGCUAAAGUUCCCAUUCAUUCAGAUUGGCAAAAACUACAAGCGCCAGACUGAAGUGGGCUUGGGUGAACGCCCUGAAAGAAAGAUUGUCAACUAUAGCAAGAUAAAGACCAGCAACACGUUUGAUGCCAGUAAAUUCAACUUUUUCGAUGACAAUAUUGAACAAGUAUUGCAGGAGGAGGACAGCUACAAAUAUUCACUGGACAGAUGGAUGAAGGACGACGACUUAUCCAUGUGGCCUCUGCAGGUCCGUUUGAAAGCUCACAAGCAAUGGAUCGAUCAACGCAAUGCUGGUCUUGAGGCCAAGCUGAAUGCCUUGAUGAGGCAGUACUAUGAAAAAUCGCAGGCUAUUCGCAAGUGCACUGCUAAUUAUGAGGCCAAGAUUUGUAGACAAAACCGAGUUGUUGGCAUGACAAGUACUGCUGCCGCUAAAUACCACGAUUUAUUGGAAGAGAUGCGUCCCAGAGUCAUGGUGGUAGAAGAAGCUGCUGAAAUGCUGGAGUCUCAUAUUAUUUCUGCAUUGACCAACUCACUGGAACAUCUCAUCUUGAUUGGUGAUCAUCAGCAACUGAGACCCUCUACUUCAGUUCACGAACUGGCUGAGAAUCAUGCCCUGGGUGUUUCUCUCUUUGAGCGUCUUGUAAUGAACAAUUUCCCUUUUACUCGUCUGUCUCAUCAAAGACGUAUGCGUCCUGAAAUUCGCGCAUUGAUCAACCCCAUCUACAAAGACCCUCCACUCAUGGACCAUCCAGACGUGGCAGCCUAUCCUCCCAUUCUUGGUAUGGAUCAAUCUCUAUACUUUUUGGCUCACAAUGAGGACGAAACCAACAUGAGCGAAUCUGCUUCCAAGGUGAAUGAGCAUGAAGCCAAAAUGGCAGCCAAAUUAGCCGUCUAUUUGAUACUGCAAGGUUACCAGCCUGAAGAAAUUACCAUCAUUACCAUGUACUCAGGUCAAAAGACCAUGAUCAAGCGUGCUCUUUGCGAAGAGAGAAGACCUGAUGUUGAUCCAGGGCCAAUCCUGGUGAGCAGUGUGGAUGGCUAUCAAGGUGAAGAGAACAAGAUUGUCAUUCUGUCUCUGGUCCGUAGUAAUGCUGCUGGUCAAAUUGGUUUCUUGAAGGUGGUCAAUCGUGUGUGUGUUUCCUUAUCUAGAGCUCAGCAUGGCUUCUAUAUACUCGGCAAUGCUCGACUCUUGUGUGAAAAGAGUGAUCUCUGGAAUGAGAUUGUUGGCAACUUGGAAGAACAGAAUGGAAAUAUGAUUGGCACCAAACUAGUUCUCAAGUGUCAACGCCAUGGCCAACCCACAGAGAUUCAAUGGCCUGUUGACUUUACAACAGUUGAGGAGGGCGGCUGUCAGCAACAAUGUAAUGAGAUGUUGCCCUGUGGUCACAGAUGUACCUUAAAGUGUCACCCUUACGAUCACAGCGAUUACCGCUGCAAACAACAGUGCGAAAAGAUUUUAAAUUGCAACCACCAAUGUAUGCGUCGCUGUUGUGAAGCAUGUGGGCCUUGCAUCAAGCCAUUGAGCUGCAAGUUGCCAUGUGGACAUACACUUGACUCUGAAUGUGGUAAAAUUAGACGCCUUGCCGCUUCUCCUAGAGGUGAAAGAUGCCCUUUUUGUAAUGCCCCUCUUAGAUAA